UUGCCAGUGUUUGUAAACUUUGGAUUUUUAAUUUUUUCAAUUCAAUUUUUACAAAUACAAGUUUUCAAAUUUAAUUAUUUUGCUGGGACUUAUAAAGUUAAAAGUGAAGCAUGAAUCCUCAACUUAUUGAGAAAGUGAUAAAAUCGAACAAAGAAACAAUAUGUCCAGAGUUUACUUACUCAAAUCCUCUCCUGGAUCAAAAUGUUACGAAGGCGUUAUCGAAAAGUUUCGUCAAAAUACUCGCAUCGGAACAAAAUACGAACGUAAAUAACAAUUUGCGCCUUUCAAUAAUUCUAGAAAAUAUCCGAAAAAUAUGCAGAAUCGAACCGGAAAAUCACAUAAAAUUUAAUGAAGAUCACACGGAGUUGUUAACAGACUUUUACAGAAAACACAUUCACGAUUCAAGCACAGACACAAACAAUAUUAUAGAAAAAGAAUUAAAUGCGUUUCUAAUUAGGAACUUUAAGGAAUUAACCAUAAACUCGAGUCACAAUAGUCGUGUUAAUCCUGAAGUUGUACAAGCUCUAAUCAAUCUCAAUUGUGAAACAAAUGCAAGUUCAUUAACGGAUAAUCUAAUUCAUUGGAAUGCAAAUGAUAAACAAUCUAAAACAUUAUUAAAUAAUUUGUGGAAUCAAAGUUCUGGCAAUAGUAAUAUUAAUGAUAUAGUAAUUAAAAAUAAACCUGAAAUUGAAGAACUUUUAUUAACCACAAGUUUGACGUUAUUAGAGGGUGCAAAUGAUUUAACUGAAUUGUCUAAUCAUCAAUAUGAGAGAUUGUUCAAAACUUGUGCUAUAGCCCCAUAUUGCUUUCAAAUAUGUAUCGAUAUAUUAAACUUACUAUUUGUUAGUACAAAUUUUGAUGUGAAAAUUCAUGAUUUUAUAAAAUUGUUUAUUAGUAAAGUGAAAAUGAAUUGUACUGAAUAUGCUAUAUCAUAUUUAUAUCCAACACAUUUGAACCAUGUUGUUGUUUUUCUAGAUGUAGAUUUUAAUGAAUUACCAUCGCCAAUAAAAGAGGAAUAUGUUACAACUGCAGUGAAAUAUUUAAAGGAUGUUAGAACUCAAUCUGAGAGUGAUUUUAUAUUGUUGUUGUCCCAUUUUCCGCAGUGGUUUAAUGAAUCAAUUUGAGUUGUAUUUGGCAUAAUUUUGUAUUACUUGUUGUAUUAAUUAUCCCUUUUUAAACUAGUACAGUACGAUUCAAACUUUAUGGCGGCUCAGAACAUUUAACGAUCUGAUGUGCAGUAAACAAUUAUAGAUACAACAAUUGUAUUAACGGAACGUUGAGGGUCGAUAAUACCUGUGCGCUCGUGCAAUCGCAGAUAACUUCCAAAGUUCCAAACCGCUAUUAUAUUGUAUUAACGAAUCAAACUGUAUACAUAAUACUUUGUAUGUUUAAAUAUAGACAAACUAGAAUUUAAUUCCACCUAAUAUGGUUUAAUUUGGGUUGUGGAAGGAUAUAAAUUUUAUUUUAUCUCUAUAUGCUAAAGUUAUUGUAUAAGAAUUACUCCCACCUAUUUCUAUUAUUUAAGAAAUGAUAACAUUGUACCUAAAUCUAGAAAUAAAAGAUGAAUUUUU